AUGGGUCGGCUCCUAGGUCGCAUUGUUGUCGGAGCAACUCUUUCUUUAAUCUCAUUCAUCGCCUAUUCAUCUCAGAUAUUCAUCAUCUGGCCAUGGUACGGACGCGAGCUUUCUGUGGACCUAAUCACAUUGCUUGGGCCCUUCAAUGCUUUUAUUGGUCUGCUCCUUUGGAACUAUUGGAAGUGCGUCGUCUCAGAUCCAGGAAGUGUUCCUGAUCGCUGGCAACCGGAUACGGCUUCACUUGAAGGCUACGAAGUCAAAAAGCUCACAGGUGGUCCAAGAUUUUGUCGGGCAUGCAACAAAUACAAACCACCGAGAGCCCAUCACUGUAAAACCUGCAAACGAUGUGUCCUUAGAAUGGACCACCAUUGUCCGUGGGUAAACAAUUGCGUCGGGUACUUCAACUACGGACACUUCAUUCGUUUCCUCUUUUUUGUCGACCUCUCAUGCAUAUAUCAUGCAACAAUGGUUACCUGGCGUGUCCUUGAUACCUCGGGCGAAAGAUUCUACACUCCCCCAGGUGGCAUUGAACUGGUCUUCAUCAUCUUGAACUAUGCUACCUGCGUACCGGUCCUAAUAAUGGUCGGUGCUUUCAGUCUGUACCAUUUCUAUUGCCUACUUGGUAAUACCACUACCAUCGAGGGAUGGGAAAAGGAUAAAGUCGCUACUCUAGUCCGAAGAGGAAAAAUUCGCGAGAUCAAAUUCCCUUAUAAUCUCGGUGCAAGGCGCAACAUUGAAUCUAUGCUGGGCAAAAAUCCUUUGAUGUGGUGUUGCCCUACUAUACCCCCUGGUACAGGCCUGAAAUACCAACUGGCGGAAGGGGACGGUAAGUGGGUCGAACUUUCGAGGCGAGAAGAUAUAGAGACGUACUAUAACGGAACGUUCAUCGAACCCUGA